UUAACAAAAUGGCGGAUGAUCAGCCGUUCUGUACAGACACMGAGCUGGAGGCUAUCAAGAGUUUUUUGACCCAAGUGAACAGUGAUCGCGCUCAAUUUGGCCUCAGCCCCGUCGGGACUUCGACUGCCACCAAAUUUUUGAUCGCUCGUAAAUUUGACGUCGAAAGAGCAAUAUCUUUAUACAAAAACCACCAGGAAAAAUGCAGUUUUUAUGGCUUACAUGAAAUGUUUCCAUAUGAUGACCCAAUGAAACAGGAACUACUUUCAGGAAAAUUCACAAUAUUGGAAAAGCCUGAUCCUGAAGGAGCGGCCAUAGCAGUAAUAGAGGCAAAGCUUCAUUUUCCUGAAUUGACAAGCCAUGAAACUGUAAUCAAAUGCAUGGUUUUUCAACUUGAUGAAGCAACUAAAAGUCUUACAACACAGAAAAGUGGUCUUAUUCUCCUCUAUGACAUGAGUAACUCUUCAUAUAGAAACUUUGAUUAUGAACUUAGCCAGAAGGUGCUUGAACUACUCAAAGGCUGUUACCCAGCACGACUAAAACGAGUUUACAUCAUAUCUCCACCUUUAUGGUUCAAAGCAAUUCUCAUCAUACUAUCGAGCAUAUUGCGUGAAAAAAUACGUGAAAGAAUCGAAAUAGUGUCAUCUGAACAGCUUAAAGAAAAACUUCCAAUAGAAAUCAUCCCCAAAAGUCUUGGAGGGAUUCUGACAGUUGAUCACUUAGCAUGGUUAAAUAAAUGCCUUGCCUCAUAUGCUGCAAAUCUUGGAGUAAAUGAUGUGCCGCCAGAAGUUCCCCGACGUAUUCCACGUGUUCAAAAUGGUUGGAAUUCAACUGUUGGAGAGAGAAAUGAUGAAGGAAGACAACCAUGCUGUGAUGAUGGGAGUAAUUCAGAGGAUUUUUAUGAUUUUGGGGAUCCAGUUAUGAGUAUUAGUGAGUUUAUUCAGCAUAUGAAAGGACUAGGGAAAAAAGGAAUCAAAGCACAGUAUUUGGAACACAAGAAUACACCAGUUGAUGGAGUUUUUGACAAAACUAGACUCCGAGUCAAUAUCAGGAAAAAUCGCUACACUGAUGUACUAUGUUUGGAAGCUACAAGAGUUCCAUUGACUCCUGUCGACGAGGAUGAUUUUUCUGAUUAUAUUCAUGCAAAUUAUGUGGAUGGUUACAAGCAGAAAAAAGCAUUCAUUGCUACACAAGGUCCACUACCAAACACAACUGGCGACUUCUGGCGGAUGGUAUGGGAACAAGAAGCUCUUGUAAUAGUCAUGAUCACUAGAUGCUUUGAGAGAAAUCGCAUCAAGUGUAAGCGAUACUGGCCAGAAAACAAUGACUCUGAUGCGUACAUGUAUCUUCGAGUUCAACACAUUGAAACACAAGAAUAUGAAGACCAUAUUGAGAGAAUCUUUGAGAUAUCAAAUACUGAGACAAAUGUAAGUCGUACAAUCAUGCACUUUCAAAUGACAUCUUGGCCAGAUUUUGGGGUUCCGUCCUCUGCCGAGUCAUGUCUACACAUUUUGAGUCUGGUCCGUCAAGCCCAGUCRUCAGCUGUGAUGGCUUUAGGAUCGACAUGGACUGGACAUCCUGCUGGACCACCUGUUGUUGUUCACUGCAGUGCAGGAAUCGGUCGCACAGGAACAUUCUGCACCACGGAUAUCAAUAUUGAACGAAUGAAGGACAGAGGAAAAUGCGAGAUAUCAAAUACAGUAAAGUAUCUCAGGAAACAGAGGGCACAUAUGAUACAAACCCCUGAUCAAUAUGAGUUUUGUCACUUGGCUGUGCUAGAGUUUGCAUUAACUCUUCCUAGCAUAUCAAUGGCUGAAAAGCAACAGAUUUCUGAGUUCUUGGAAGAGUGGAGAAAUACCCAGGAUGGGUCGUCAGAAGAAAGCGACUAAUUUUACUUGUAAUUUAGAAAAUUUGAGAUGAUUUCAAAAUAAUCAUAUAUUAUUAGGGAGUGGAACUUUACAGAAAGAUUGCAUAUUCCCAAUGGACAACCUAUAACCAAACACAUGGUACAUGUUGUCAGGAGUUGUUUUUUUUUCAUGAAAAAAUGGUACAGAUCAUUUUAAGUUCCACUACUAGUAUUUCCACUUCUGAAUCAAUACAAAUGUGAAAAUCAAAUCAGCUAGUAUAUUAUUUUCUUUUUCGAAAAUUUUUUUUUAUUUAAAGUUGAGAGCAAAUUGGAUAAGUACAUAAAAGAAACUGAAUUUAUUUUAAAAAUAAGAAUGGCUCCUCUUAUGAUCCAAUGGGGACAAAAAUGAAAUGGUAGCUUGUGCUGCAGCUAAAGAAUUGUUUUGACCUUGUUGUAAUGUUAUUUUUUUAUUAGAGCAAACACAGGAAAACCAUGAAAAUCAAACUAAAUAUUCACAAAUAGCGGCUAUUUAGAGACAAUUUGUCAGUAUCAAUGAACCAGAACACAAUAAUAAUAAUGGAAACUUUAUUUGUUUAUAGAUUCAUACAGUUGAAAAUCUCACUACGUAUAGGCAAUUUACAACUGGCUACUUGAAUUG